AACAAUGGCCACAAACACUCCCCCAAACUUCCACACCAUUUCCACAGAGUUACACAAAGAACUUUCACUACCUUCUUCACCAACCCACCACAACUUGCACUUCUGCCAAUACAUGAUAGCAGGUUCCAUAGCAGGUUUCGUGGAACAUACCGCCAUGUUCCCAAUAGACACCCUCAAGACACGCAUGCAGGCCCUUAAUGGGCCCAGCUCUGUCCACUCAUUGGGCCUUCGUAAAACUCUCUCUUCAAUUAUAAAACUCGAAGGCCCAAAACGACUCUACCGUGGCAUAACCGCAAUGGGCCUCGGUGCGGGACCCGCUCAUGCAGUUUAUUUUUCUGUCUACGAGGUUUGCAAGGAAACCUUAGAAAAGAUGAACAUAAACAUGAACAAGAAGAACAACUCGGUAGUGCAUGCGUUUUCUGGGGUGUGUGCAACGGUGGCGAGUGAUGCGGUGUUUACGCCAAUGGAUGUGGUGAAGCAGAGGUUGCAGCUGAAGUGUAGUCCUUACAAGGGUGUGAUGGAUUGUGUGAAGAGGGUGGUGGUGGAAGAAGGGGUUGGGGCUUUCUUUGCGUCGUACCGUACGACGGUGGUGAUGAAUGCGCCGUUCACGGCGGUGCAUUUUGCGACGUAUGAGGCGGCGAAGAAGGGGUUGGUGGAGGUGUCGGCGGAGAGUGUGGAUGAUGAAAGAUGGAUUGUUCAUGCUACGGCUGGUGCUGCUGCUGGAGCUUUGGCCGCUGCUGUUACAACCCCUCUUGAUGUUGUUAAGACUCAGUUGCAGUGUCAGGGUGUAUGUGGGUGUGACAAAUUUUCUAGUAGUUCAAUUGGGCAUGUGAUUCAAAGUGUGAUAAGAAAGGAUGGGUAUCGGGGUCUUAUGAGAGGAUACAUCCCUAGGAUGCUUUUUCAUGCACCUGCAGCUGCAAUCUGUUGGUCCACUUACGAAGCAUCAAAAUCUUUCUUUCAGCAACGUAAUGAUAGCUCAAGUGUACACAAAAUUCAAAAACAAUAAAUUGGCAUCUUAUCAUUAGCCUUUGGAAAUGAGGGCAACCAACUGAAGCAGUGACUAGAUACAAAUCUUGAGUUAUUAUUGUGCUUUUGUACAUAGGAUCGUGGUGAUGCUACUCAAAAGAUAUGAGUCCUAUGUAUAUGAUGCAGAAUGUUAUGAUAUAAUUGGAAAAUAUUUUUCACUUUUUGACAAUGAUUGAAGAAGAGAAAGUAGUGCUACGGACACAAUACACCACACAUAGAAUAUCUAAAAGUGCAUCGAAUCAUUAGAGAGAAUGUUAUUAUUUUGACAUUUAAGAGUUCGGGUUAUUUCU